AUGGAGUGUAGAAGAGGAAACACCAUAGCUCGGAGCUCCAUCUCCAUAGCCACUACUCUCAACUCUAGUCAGGCUUUUGCUGUCAAGUCAGCGAAUUUACAUCGCUACAAGCAACUCAAGACAGGCCAGGUGAUUCUCUCCACAUUCAACUGUCCUCAAAUUGUGGCUUAUAAAGGCUGUGAUGUCACGCUAGAAAAUGGCACUGGCCCGUUUCACUCACCAAAUAUUACUUGGACUUAUCUUCACUUCCAAGGAAUAAUGCACGGCGAUGUGAAGCGGCAGAAUGACUUGGUGAUAGCACAAGGAGCCAAGAUAACUGAUUUUGAUUACGCUCUUAAGGUGGUGGCUGAUGGUGAGAGUGUGAUUCAGGACGCCGGCGUACAAGACACAUGGAGAGAAGUAGAAUUUUCUGUUGAUGUGUGGACACUUAGGUGUGUAGUGUUAGAAAUGAUAACAGAAGAGCCACUCUGGCACUAUCUACAUGAUAAUGACCCUAUUAAGGUACUUUAUCGGAUUGGUUUCUUGGAUGAGGUGCCAGAAAUUCCAAGCCAUGUCUCAGACGAAGGAAAGGAUUUUUUGGCGAAAUGUUUUAAGAGAGACCCUAGUGAGAGGGGGUUGGUUGAGGAACUUCUUAGGCAUGGAUUUAUUCAUACCUUUAAUGAGCAUAUUGAUUAUGAACUCGAGUUGGGUAGCUUUGAGCAUUUAUAUACUUCCAUGGAUAUGUUGGAAAUAGAGCAUGACUAUACAUAG